CAAGAACAAACACAUGCAUGGCAGACAGUCUGCAUGUGUCUUGAAUGAGCAAUUUACAGAGAUUGCAGGCAAGCAGGUCACUUGGUACAAAUACAAGCAGAAUUUGAUCAUCAGGACUUCAGAAAAGUUUAUUUAGGUGGAAAGACAGAAAAUAAAGCUGUCAAGAUGUUGACUGAUGAGGUGCCACAGGUACAGGAGGUUAGAUACUGUCUGAAGUCUCUGAGAGAGCAAAUGGCAGCAAGACAAAACAAUAAUUUCAACAAAAAGGAAGAUGAUGAUAACAGUGUGACCCUGAGAGAAGUAACCAAACAUCUGUGUACUCGUUUGCAGGAGAUGGAGAGAAGACAUCAGGAGGAGAAAGAGAGACUGCUGCAAGAAAAUAGGGAAUAUCAGCGGCAGUAUCUAGAGGAGCAUAACAACCACAUACAGAAGUCUGAAAUCAGGGCAGAGGAACAGAAAAGAAAAGUGGAGGAAAUGCAGAAACGAAUGGGUAGUUUGGAGCUAGAGAAUGCCAUGCUAAGAGAGAAACUGGCCACUAGUGAGACUGAACUUCAGACACUGAGAGAAAUGAAAAAAUCAAAUCAUGAGGAUAGGUGUGAGCAACUGGAAAAGGAGCUGGCAUCUCUAAAGGAUAAAAAUCAUAACUUCGAUGACAUGCUCAAAAGUCAACAGAGGAAAGUUCGAAACAUGAUUGAACAGGUGCAGAAUUCACGAACCAUGAUGGAACAGAGAGACAGACUGAUUGGUGAUCUCAAAGAGAAGAUGUCUUUUCUUAAAGCUGAGAACAGAGAGAUGCAUGACCGAGUGGAGUUUUAUCUUGGUAAUCAGGUGCCUAAUCACUAUAACUCAGACAUGGGAUCAAAGAUUGUCUACAGCAAACCUUUGACGCCCACAAGCCCAGGAAACAAGUCUCCGCCCUUCAUUAAAGUGAUCGAGAUCAAGACUUGAACAACAUGAGAAAAGAUUGAGAAAACGACUAGUAGAGAGAUGGAGAAAUACAUUUAUUUAGCAUUUGUGUAGCAUUUUUUGGUUUCUUUUGUAUAUAUGGAAUACAAUGCUUUGUUUAUCAGUUCUGUCUAUAUGUCAUAUAUAUAUAUAUAUAUAUAUAUAUAUAUAUAUAUAUAUAUAUAUAUAUAUAUAUAUAUAUAUAUUUGAUUUUGUUAACCAGACUUCUUUUCUGGCCCUAAGCAACUAUAUUUUUAAUGCAAUUUCAGGUUGGGAGUGGAGACUGUAGGUGGUGACAUUCAUAUUUACCAAUAUGUCUGUUUCAAUUCCAAUAUGUGUAUAAUCUGAUAAUAUAACAUUUAUAUAAUCUUUGACUUGUUUAUAAGCUUGUGACUGACAGUCAAUUCCAGUGGUCUGAUCUAAAUCAGAAUUAAACACAUAUAUUAAAAACAAAAUAUUUAAGACAAACCUGAUAACAAAUCAUAUUUCUGUGCUACUUACAGUAUGCAUCUGUUUAUAUACAUAAGCUAAUGUAGAGUUCUGAAAUGACUGCAAAGCUAUGUUUGUUUUUCCUUUAGGAACUGUAUUUGUAUAUAUUAACACUCUUGGUAGUGUGAAUAUGUUAUUUAUUUUACUAUAUAGUAAAGUACACUACACUUUGGUAUAUAGAGUUAGACCCUAGCUUUUCUUCCAUCUCUUAUUAAUAAAUGUGAAAAUAUUGUGUUAUUGUAGAUGGACUUUUAGUGCUAUAGACAUUUUUCUGGUAUCUUAAGUGGUAGUAAAUAAAAAGUAUUUAAGAUUGUGAACAAUGUAUGUAAGACAAUGUUACUUUCUAUUUAUAAAUGUAUCAUUUGCAGUACAAAUCCAUUAAAAUAUUAAUGUUGUUUGGUGUAUGUACAGUACCAAGGUCUAA